AUGAGAAUACAUACAACCAUAUACUUGAUAACCCACAUUAAAUAUAACAAAAAUAUAAAAUUUACACACAUUAACACUAUAAACUAUAUAAAUUUACGACACAUACAUAUUUACCCAAUGGACGACACUGAAUCUACUGAUGUGGACCCUAGAUUGUAUUUUGAAAACCGAUCGAAAUUAGUAAACAAACUUAGAACUGAAAACAUAGCAUAUCCACACAAGUUCAAGGUAUCCAUAACAAUACCAGAAUAUAUUAACAAAUACCAAAAUAUACCAGAGGGUGUGCAUAAUGAGGAUGAUGUUGUAACCAUUGCUGGAAGAAUUACCAGAGUAGCUUCUUCUGGCCAAAAAAUCAGAUUUAUGGACCUAAAGGGAGAUAAUUCUAAGCUGCAAGUAUUCGCCAAUUACCAAUUCCAUAACCAUGAAACUGGUGAUUUUGUAGAAAUCUACAACUCCAUCAAAAGGGGAGAUAUAGUAGGCAUUAAGGGCUUCCCUGGUAAGAGCAAAAGAGGAGAAUUAAGUAUUUUUCCCAGAGAAAUAACAAUUUUGACUCAUUGCCUGCAUAUGCUACCAGAUAAGAUGGGAUUGAAGGAUCCAGAAAUAAGAUACAAGCAUCGUUAUUUGGACAUGAUCAUUAAUUCACGCGUUCAUGAUACUUUUACUGUACGGUCCAAAAUUGUCCAAUUUACUCGCGCUUACCUAUCCAAUCUUGGUUUUUUGGAAGUGGAAACUCCAAUUAUGAAUGUUAGCGCUGGAGGUGCCAACGCAAAGCCAUUUAUCACCAAGCACAAUGAGCUAAAUAUGAAUCUAUUCCUACGUAUUGCCCCUGAAUUGUUUCUAAAAAUGUUAAUUGUGGGAGGAAUCGACAAAGUAUUUGAAAUUGGGCGUGUAUUUCGUAACGAGGGAAUCGAUUUGACCCAUAAUCCGGAAUUUACAACGUGUGAAUUUUAUUAUGCAUAUGCCGACUACUUUGAUCUUAUGUCGUUAACUGAGGAUUAUUUGUCAAAGUUGAUAUACCACAUUAAGGGGUCUUACAAAUUCGUCUAUCAUCCAAAUGGUGAAUUCUCAAAUCCUGUCGAGUUGGAUUUCACCCCCCCCUUCCCAAAACUGUCUUUGAUAGAAGAAUUGGACAAACGAGCUGGUUUGAAGAUAUUUCCCCCAUAUGACACCCCGGAGAAUAUUGAGAUUUUAAAAAACAACAUUUUGCAAAAUGGUCUACAGUUGCCCGCCAUCCAAACGGCAAAUAAGUUAAUCGAUUGUCUUGUCGGUCAUUUUUUGGAAAGUGCAAUAUUUAACCGACCUACAUUUAUAAUCGACCAUCCUCAGUGCAUGUGCCCUUUGGCAAAAUGGCAUAGGAGUAAGGAAGAUUUGGUUGAGAGAUUUGAGCUAUUCAUUUGCGGGCACGAAAUCAUCAAUGCAUACACGGAAUUGAACGAUCCAUUUAAGCAAAGGGAGAACUUUAUUCAACAGCUCAAGCAACGCGAAGCUGGGGAUAUCGAAUGCCACUCUGCUGAUGAGAUCUUUUGCACAUCAUUGGAAUACGGAUUGCCUCCUACCGCCGGUUGGGGCAUGGGUAUUGAUCGAAUCACCAUGCUCUUGACUGAUAACAACAACAUAAAGGAAGUGAUUCUUUUUCCCACAAUGAAACCCACUUUAACCGAUGAGGAGAGGGAAGUGGCGCCAAAUAGAUCAUAA